AUGGUGCGACUUUCAGGCCUCGCCGCCCUUGUGGCGAUGGGCUGCUCCAGCGUAGUGACUGCCAUGGAGUGGAACACAUUCGACGGACCUGGCUUCCCCUCCUGCUAUAACGUCACCGAGGUCAAGGACCCCAAGACGGUCGAGGAGGCCGCCGCCAUGGUCAAGGAAGCCGCUGCAGCCGGCAAGCUUGUCCGUGCUGCUGGCAAGGGUCACAUGUGGUACGACACUCAGUGCUCAGACGAUGAGACCGUCAUCAUCCGCACCGAGGGCCUGGGCCGCAUCUACGACCUUGACCUCGCGGGCGGCUCCGUAAUGAUCGAGGGCGGCGUCACCUUCUUCACUCUUGCUCAGUACCUACACGACAGGGGCGCCUCGGUCAACUACGCCCUCGUGAACUGGAACAUCUCCCUGGGCGGCAGCAUCGCGAUGGGCGCACACCGCUCGUCGCUGCGCGAGGACGCCAUGGUCGGAGCGGCGGCGCAGGAGCUGCACAUCAUUGACGGCAACGGCGACAUCCGCAUUGUCAAGCGCGACGCCAACGACGACGACUGGCUGGCCGCAUCGACUUCGCUCGGCCUGCUAGGCAUCAUUGCCCGCAUCAAGAUGAGCGUCUACCCCGACACCAAGCUCUACGCCAUGCAGAAGACCCUCGAAGAGAAGGACGUGUUCGAGGGCGACAUCGAGGCCCUGAUUGCGCCAUAUGCAACCGCCAACCUCUGGUGGUGGCCGCACAAGCGCAAGUUCCACCAGCGAUACUACGACGUCGUUGACAUCAACUCGACCACUCAGCAGGCCUUCCAAAACACCUUCUCGGUGACCAAGCUCGAGGCCGAGGCUAUCAAGGCCAUCUUUAACAGCGGCAAGAUUGCCUUUACCAGCAACAUGAUCGGCGAGGAAAUCCUCUUCAGCCAGUGGGAGAAGCCCAACUUCCGCGAAAAGACUACCCAGGAGCCCCUGACCGAGUGGCCCGUGUACGGCUGGAACUACGACGUGCUUAUCGGCGGCCUGUACCCGGACCAGACCCCGCAGUGGGAGAACGGCCUGCGCGGCUACACGCUCGAGCUCGCUUUCCCCAUGACGCAGGCCAACGCCGUGCUCAAGCGCAUCCGCGCCCUGUUCGACGAGGAGAUCUGGAAGGUCAAGCCCGUCACCAGCACCUACCGCAGCGGCAUCAACAUCAAGUUCGGCAAGGCCUACUUUGACCUCUUGGGCCAGGGCACCUACAACACGGCCGACGGCGCCGACUGGUCCCGUGGUGUCAUUAUGUUUGAUUGGCCUUCGUUCCGCCCGACUUGGGGUGACAACAAGCGCUACAACGAAGAGUUCUACCACCGCGUGGCCAAGGUCCUGAUCGACGAGUUCCCCUGCCGCCCGCACUGGACCAAGAACACCCGCGAGGUUCUGAAGCAGGGAACCAAGCACCUCGACCCCAACCACAUCGCUCGCUUCAAGGCUGUCCGCCAAAAGUUCGACCCCAAGGGCAUGUUCAGGAGUGUCGUGGGCGAGAUCAUUGGCGUCUACUAA